ACGCGUCAACGUCAUUCGCUGUCAGUCGCCGGAGAGCGCGCAGUCGCGUCGCGUGUGCUCGUGUUUUGUAAAUUUAAAUUCAACGGAAUUGUUAGAUUUAUAAAUACGCCUUCAAAUUAUUGAAGAAAUAAGACGAUAAUAAGUGUAUCAGUGUGUGCUUUUGUGUUUUAAAGUUUUGUGAAGAGAACACUGUACACAUUUAUUGUUUAUUCUGCUGAAGUUGAGAAUUGUCAGUCGCCAUGUUGCAGCAGAUUCUGCGCGACAUGUGGGUGGACCCGGAGAUCCUCGCGGAAUUAGAUGAGACGCAGAAACAAACGCUCUUCUGCAAGAUGCGCGAGGAACAGGUUCGUCGCUGGCGGGUAUGGGAUGACGAAGUGAGCAAAGAGGUCAUAGAUAAGCCUAAAUUUGAAGAUAAUGUCAAAAAGCACGUUCAGUUCCUAAAAGGCGAGGAUGGUGAACCCUGGGUAUGGGUGAUGGGAGAACAUCCCGAAGACCGCAGUAUCGAGGAUAUCCUGGCGGAGGAAGCCCGCCAGCGCGCGCUGUCACAAGCGUGCCAAGAGGCGCAUCAGCUCAGGAAGUCAGUCGAGAAAGAGCUUACACAUCUUAUUGAAUUCCAGCCUUUAGACGCCUUAGAACAGAAGUUCGAUUUGUCACCAAAGAAUGUGGACUCUCUUGAAGAUACUCUGGACCUGUACUGCUCCGUGGACGAGCUGCGCGCGCGCAUGGAGGAACUGGGUCCGAUGCCUUCGCCCAAAGAACUGGAUAAAGCGGAAUACGACGCUAUGAAACUCGACCUCAACAAGAACACUAUGCAUUUCAACUUUAUUGAAGGCAAGAGGGACGUCAGAGAUGUGAUUCAGGAGUCAGGUGUGGUCGGAGGUGACGGUGUGAGUUUGCGCGUGGCGGCGUGGGAGCGGCGUGUGGCGGCUGCGCGUGCGGGAGACAUCCUGCGUGGGUUACGCGCACGCAGAGCACGCACGCUACGUGACGCACAACGCACCACGCACCAGAUGGAUGUCGUAUGGAGGGAACAAGAACGUAAGGCUAAAGAGGCUGAAGCUGCGAUGAGGGAGAUAGCUCGCGCGGCGCGGGAGGCUCACCGCCUCAGUGCGGAGGUGGAGCCCCCGUCGUGCCCCUCGCAAGCCGGCAGGCCGCCGAACCGCGAGGCAGUACUGGAAUGGUUCAAGACACACGAACUAACGAAGGGAGUUGGUUUGGACGAGGACAACAAGCCAGUUGACUGGUUUCAUGGUGUCGUGUCUCGUGCGGAGGCGGAGCGCGCCCUGAGCGCGCAGCCGGCGGGCAGCUACCUGGUGCGCGUGUCGGAGCGCGUGUGGGGCUACGCGCUGUCGUACCGCGCGCACGACCGCUGCAAGCACUACCUGGUGGAGGCGGAGCGCGGCUACCGGCUGCUGGGGGGCAGCGCCGCCGCGCACGCCACGCUCGCGGAUCUCAUAGAGCACCAUAAGACGGUUGCUAUCACGGAGAGCGGCGGAGAAGUGCUCACCUCGCCCUGCCCCCCGCUCGCGCCCCCCCUCUUCUGAACCUCAACUACUACACAGUGGGAACGCGCACUACAGACAAAAAAUGUAUAAAAUAUCCUAAAUAUGAAGAAACCAGAAUAUUAUUGUCUCUUAUUUUCACAUAGCGCUUACUUAAUAUCGGCAUAUCUACAUUUUUAAUAUUUUACAGAAGCCAGGAUCUUUUAUUUAAAAUUAAUUUAAUGGUUCAUUUCUUGAAGAAUAUGAAAUACACUGUAUAUUAAGAAAUGUAUAGAAUAAUAAAAUGAACCUCGUCUUGGACAUACUUCAUUUUAAUUACACUUUUUAAUAUGUGCAAAAAAAUUAGUUUAUUUUUAUUUUGUUAAAUCGACGAUUUUAUUUUUUUUAGAUCAAUCUAUAUAUCUGUAGAAAUGUUGAAUAAUCACAUAUCCUUGUUUAAAGUGCGUUUUCUUUAGUAAAAAACACCAGUCAAUAUAUCCUAGGUGUCUAGACUAGAUGCUUUUAACUUUAGU